GGCCCCUAAGCAGCCGCGUCUCUGGAAACCGGGUGCCAAAUAGCAGGAGCUCAGAGGGACCAGGAAAGACUUUCCAGGAGGCAGGACCUUUGGGCAGGAUCUCCAGGGACUGGGCAGGACUCUGACAGGGGAGAGGUCGUUCCGAUCUGAAGAAAGUGUGUGGACACAGUUAGGAAAGUGCAAGCAGGCUCCAGCGAGCCUGGGAAGUGAGGUGUGGGCUUCGGCGGACUCGGAAAUAGCUGGUGUGGGCCAGGGAACCGGGAUAGACGGUGGUGUGCUAAAGCCCUGGGAUCUGACCUUCUCUUCUGCCAUGAGGUGGAGCCACCAUUUGCCCAGGGCCUUUUGGGGCCCUCGCCUGGCAAGAGCACUCCAGCCAGCAGAUGAAAGUAUCCCUUUCGUGAUCCACUGGAACUGGGCCCUUAAAGGGGAGUGUCCUCUUGGGCCCCCUAGGGCCUUUAUACGUCACUACGGAAGCUCAGUGGGCAGUGUUCCCCCAUCAGGGAGGCAUGAACAGUUGUUCCGGAGCAUCUCUGCGGCUGAAGCCAUCCAGCGGCACCGUCGGAACCUGGCCGAGUGGUUCAGCCGGCUGCCCAGGGAAGAGCGCCAGUUUGGCCCUACCUUUGCACUAGACACGGUCCAUGUGGACCCUGUGAUCCGUGAGAGCACCCCCGAUGAGCUUCUUCGCCCACCUUUGGAGCUGGCUCUGGGGCAUCAGCCGCCCCUGGCCAGGCUCCCCACACUGGCCUUGUCUCAGCUCUUUGACCCAGAUGCCUGUGGGCGCCAGGUGCAGACAGUGGUUCUCUAUGGAACCGUGGGCACAGGCAAGAGCACUUUGGUGCGCAAGAUGGUUCUGGACUGGUGUUAUGGGCGGCUGCCAGCCUUUGAGCUGCUCAUCCCCUUCUCCUGUGAGGACCUGUCAUCCCUGGGCUCUGCGCCGGCCUCCUUGUGCCAACUUGUGUCGCAGCGCUACACAUCCCUGAAGGAGAUUCUGCCCCUGAUGGCUGCAGCUGGGUCUCGCUUGCUGUUUAUACUUCAUGGCCUGGAGCGUCUCAACCUAGACUUCCGGCUGGCAGGCACAGGGCUUUGCAGUGACCCUGAGGGGCCAGAGGCGCCAGCUGCCAUCAUAGUCAACCUGCUGCGUAAAUACCUGCUGCCUGAGGCCAGCAUUCUGGUGACCACCCGGCCCUCUGCCAUCGGCCGCAUCCCCAGCAAGUAUGUGGGCCGCUAUGGCGAGAUCUGUGGCUUCUCUGAUACCAACCUGCAGAAGCUCUAUUUCCAGCUUCGCCUCAAUCAGCCAGACUGUGGGCACAGUGCUGGGGAUGCAGGUGUUGCAGCCACGUCUGCUCAGCAUGACAGCCUGGUGGAGAUGCUCUCCAGGAACCUGGAAGGACACCACCAGAUUGCCGCUGCCUGCUUCCUGCCCUCCUACUGCUGGCUUGUCUGUGCCACCUUGCACUUCCUGCACGCCCCCACCCCGGCUGGCCAGACCCUCACAAGCAUCUACACCAGCUUCCUGCGUCUAAACUUCAGUGGGGAGACGCUGGACAGCAGUGACCCCUCCAAGUUGUCGCUGAUGGCCUAUGCAGCCCGCACCAUGGGCAAGUUGGCCUAUGAGGGGGUGUCUUCCCGCAAGACUUACUUCUCUGAAGAGGACGUCCGUGGCUGUCUGGAAGCUGGCGUCAGGACGGAAGAGGAGUUUCAGCUGCUACAUGUCUUCCGCCGGGAUGCCCUGAGAUUUUUUCUGGCCCCGUGCGUGGAGCCAGGGCACCUGGGCUCCUAUGUGUUCACGGUGCCGGCCAUGCAGGAGUACCUGGCUGCCCUCUACAUUGUGCUGGGCUUGCGUAAGACGACUCUGCAGCGGGUGGGCAAGGAAGUGGCUGAACUCGUGGGCCGUGUAGGGGAGGAUGUCAGCCUUGUCCUGGGCAUUGUGGCCAAGCUGCUGCCGCUGAGGGUCCUGCCUCUGCUCUUCAACCUGCUUAAGGUGGUUCCGCGGGUGUUUGGGCGCAUGGUGGGUAAGAACCGCGAGGCCGUGGCCCAGGCCAUGGUGUUGGAGAUGUUCCGGGAAGAGGAUUACCACAAUGAUGACGUCCUGGACCAGAUGGGUGCCAGUAUCCUGGGCGUGGAGGGGCCCCGGCGCCACCCAGAUGAGGCCCCCGAGGAUGAAGUCUUUGAGCUCUUUCCCAUGUUCAUGGGAGGGCUUCUCUCUGCCCAUAACCGGGCCAUGCUGGCUCAGCUUGGCUGCCCCAUCAAGAACCUAGAUGCCCUGGAGAAUGCCCAGGCCAUCAAGCAGAAGCUGGGCAAACUGGGCCGGCGGGCGCUGCCCCCAUCAGAGCUGCUCGACCAUCUCUUCUUUCACUAUGAGUUCCAGAACCAGCGCUUCUCCGCUGAGGUGCUCGCCUCCCUGCACCAGCUCAGCCUGGCAGGCGUGCGCAUGACACCCCUCAAAUGCACAGUGGUGGCGGCGGUCCUGGGCAGUGGGAGGCAUGCCCUGCACGAGGUGAACUUGGCCUCUUGCCAGCUGGACCCUGCUGGCCUACGCACACUCAUGCCUGUCUUCUUGCGUGCCCGGAAGCUGGGCUUGCAACUCAACAGCCUGGGCCCAGAGGCCUGCAGGGACCUCCGAGACCUGCUGCUGCAUGAGCAGUGCCAGGUUACCACCCUGCGGCUGUCCAACAAUCCGCUGACUGCCGAGGGUGUGGCCUUGCUGGUGGAGGGCCUAGCGGGAAACACCUCGCUGACACACCUGUCCCUGCUACACACGGGCCUUGGGGAUGAGGGCCUGGAGCUCCUGGCUGCCCAGCUGGACCGUAAUCAACGGCUACAGGAGCUGAAUGUGGCCUAUAAUGGCGCUGGCGACACAGCGGCCCUGGCCUUGGCCAAGGCUGCCUGGAAGCACCCUUCCUUGGAGCUGCUGCACCUCUACUUUAAUGAGCUGAGCUCAGAGGGCCGCCAGCUCCUGCGGGACUUGGGGGGCACUGCUGAAGGCCAUGCCCGGGUUGUGGUAUCGCUGACAGAGGGGACAGCAGUGUCAGAGUACUGGUCAGUGAUCCUCAGUGAAGUCCAGCGGAACCUCAACAGCUGGGAUCGGGGCCGGGUCCAGCGCCAUCUUGAACUAUUGCUGCGGGACCUGGAAGAUAACCGAGGAGCCACCCUUAAUCCUUGGCGCAAGGCCCAGCUACUUCGAGUGGAGGGUGAGGUCAGGGCCCUCCUGGAGCAGCUGGGAGGCCCUGGAAGCUGAGGCAGUGGGAGCAGGCACCUAGCCGGGUGACCCCGAUUCCCAAGCCCCACCUCUGUUGUCCUCUGGUGUGCAUUACUACUCUGUGAAGAUCCCUUCACAGCUGGAGUCAAAGGACUGGGCACAGCUGUACCAGUGGCCCUCCUGGAACAUGUCCAACCAAUCCUCCCAAGUCUGGAAUUUCCAGGGUCCUGAAACAUGCUCCUCUCCAUUGGGCUGGAAGGACGAAGGAUGUGGCAUUUUUGUGGCUAAACUGCCCUGUAGCACCACCACUAACUUUGUCCCUCUCUCCUCUCAAGAGCCUCUGUGCCACCAGGCGGUGCACUUCUUAUGUCCGCCUUGCCAGGGGUGUUUUCCAGAUGUGUUGGGGGGCUUCCACCUCCUGCCUUUAUGCUUUCUGUGGACACCCAGGACAUCCACAGCCACCCUCCUCUCAUUGGUGCUUUCUGCUCAGCCUCACGCUUCUCUUACCACAAUGGCACUUGUGCUCAGUGGUCCCAGCUGGCAUGUGUGCUGACUCACUGUUAUUAAAAAACA